AUGGUUUGGCCAAAAUGGGAGAACAAAGGGGAGGAGUUGCUCUCAACCAACAACUGGGCAACUCUUGUCAUCAUUCAUGCCAAGGCAACCCUAACCUAUGACCACAUUAAUCCGAAAUCUGAUGAUGACACUUCUUCUCCUCCCAAAUCUUCUGUUGAACAAGCUCAUUGGGAUCGCAUUGAUAACAUUGUUCGUCAAUGGAUCUACGGAACCAUAUCUAGUGAUCUCUUGAAUACUAUAAUCAAUCCAGACGACACAGCUUUGGAUGCUUGGAAUCAAUUGGCGAAAUUAUUCCAAGAUAAUAAAACUUCUAUAGCCAUUCAUCUUGAAACAGAAUUUGCCAAUACUAAUCUGCGUGAUUUUCCAGACGCGAAGGCAUAUACACGCUGUCUCAAAGUUUUAGCCGAUUAA